AUGGGAAACGCUGAAUCGAUUACAAUCACACCUCAGGGCGAAACCAUUCAAGCGGAAAUUUUACAUUUCAAUGAUGUGUACAAUGUUGAAGAGACCAGUGGUGACCUAUGUGGUGGAGCAGCACGAUUUACCGCUGCUUUCACUGAGCUACGCUCCAGAGUGCCUGAGAACACUUUACUCCUAUUCUCAGGGGAUGCACUCAGCCCGUCUUCACUGAGCAUGACCACUGAGGGAUCACACAUGAUUGAUGUGCUAAAUCGCCUGAAUUUGGAUUGUGCUGUAAUCGGGAAUCACGAUUUUGAUUUCGGCAUCGACAAUCUGUUACGUUGUAUCAAACAGUCGAAUUUCCCCUGGCUCAAUGGAAAUUGUUACGAUGCACAUACACGACAACUGUUAUGUGAUUUGCCUCCCUGUCACGUGAUCGAGCGAGGCGGGAUCCGGUACGGUUUGAUCGGUCUUGUGGAACCCGAUUGGGUGGACACAUUGGCUGUGGUCGAUCAGGAUGACGUUUUGGUGCGGGACUUUUGUGUUGAAGGACGUCGAAUAGCAACUCAGCUACGCCAUGACGAAGACUGUGAUAUCAUCGUGGCACUGACACAUAUGCGUUGGCCAAAUGACAUUCGGUUGGCACGAGAAGUACCAGAAAUUGAUUUGGUUCUCGGCGGACAUGAUCAUAACUAUGGAUUUGAAACGGUCAAAUCCAAAGAUGGAACUAACCGUUGGGUGAUCAAAAGCGGAACUGAUUUUCGACAUUUGGGUCAUGUACAUUUGAUUUUGGAUGCAAAAACAAAACGACUAAAGCAAGUCAAAUUUGACCUGAUUCCCAUAGACAAAUCUUGGACACCGGAUCCUGAGGUUGCCAAAAUGGUUGAAACAGUCAGUGCCGCAAUGAAUGAGCGGCUAUCACGCGUGAUAGGUAAAAUAGAUGUUCCACUGGAUGGGCGAUUUGCCAUGAUUCGUUCUCAAGAAACAAAUAUGGGCAAUUUUCUGGCUGAUGUUGCACUGACAGCCACAGAAGCAGAUUGUGCAAUCAUCAAUUCCGGUAGUAUGCGGAUCGAUGCGAUUGUGCCGUCGGGGGAUUUCACGUUGAAACAGCUUAGCCUGAUAUUGCCUAUGCUGAAUCCCACUAUGGUACUGGAUGUAACUGGGAACGAUAUUAUUCAAGUACUAGAGAACGGUGUGUCACAAAUCCCCAAACUGGAAGGCCGAUUUCCUCAAGUUUCACGGAUCACCUUUUCUUAUCGAGCAGAUCGACCGAAAGGGGAGAGAGUAAACCGAGAUUCGAUCAAGAUUGAGGAUAAGCCCUUGGUUCUUGAACGCCAUUAUCGAUUGGCUUGCACUCCUUUCAUGGCUGAGGGUAAGGAUGGAUACGAUAUACUUGCAAAGAAGAGACGCUUGGUUGAUGAUGAGGCUGGUAUUCCACUGAGCACUGCAGUUAUCAACUAUUUCCGUACAAUCAGCGUUCUGAAUGGAUUCACUCAAUCUAAAUCCAGUCACCGUCCGGGUCUGCUUAGCAUGAAGCAACGGAACCGUGUUACCCAGGCACUACUUGCCUCAGUAGAAAAGUUCGCAAAACAAAUGACAUCUGACGAAACAGCAAAUGCUUCGGAAAGAGCGGCCGCGAGAUGGGCAGAAAGAACGCAAGCGCAAUUGGCAUCCAAAUUGAAGGAGAAAAUUCUUGCUAGUGUUGGUGAAUUGAUUCCUGAGACAAAUAUACACUCAACAAAAGAGAAGCUCGGAUGGAGCAAAAUAAGAGAAACGAUGUUGGAGAAAGAAAAAGAACGAUGUCGUGUAGCUCCCAGGAUUGAAGGACGCAUCGUUCGUCUCGAUGCGGAAAAUAAAACGGUCGACUGA